AUGACUCGUGACCCUCGGUACUACAAGGGACACGAGCACUGUGCUGCAGACUUGGAGGAGAGCAAGUUUUGGAGGAGUGAGGCCAAGCGCAUUCGCGACAUCGUGCAGCGGACGCAGUUCAACCGAAACAUUCUUAUGUGGCUGGUCGGCAAUGAGCUCGAGACUCCGAUCGAUGCGGAGCGGGGAAGCGAUUGCCUAUGGCAACCAGAUCCUUUGUGGAGCAUGACGGCCAAUGCAGAAGACGAAUCGAACACGAUGGCUGCGAAGGUCAAGGAGGCCUCGUGGCGAAAAGUGGCGAAGGUGGCCGAUAUCUGCCCACAAAUCGAUGUCCUGGGCACCAAUAUCUAUGGAAACGACAUCCGAGAUGUCGGGGCGCGGCUGCGUGAAGCUGGUUGGACCAAGCCGUGGGCAGUGUUCUUAGCCGUCUUGCCUUUACCGAAGUCGGUGGUCUCGGCCCUUGGCAGGCAACCGGGUUUCCUGGACAUGUGGCCUGUGAAGACACAAGUGCCUCAGACAUCUUGGGGGGCGCCGGUGGAACCGCCCCGGGCCGAGUGUGAGAAGCAGUCGUCCACGGCGAAGGGGCAGUUCUUAAAGCGCGCGCUGCAACUUUGCAUAGACGACGACGCUUGCCUUGCAGCGAGGCAGCCGGUGCUUCGAGUUUUGAGUUUUGAGUAUAUUGCCCCUGGUCCUGAUGUACACAGUGUAUCAGAGGACAUGUGUGUGGCAUUCAUGGUCUUUCUCUGGGGCUGGAAAUGGGAGAAGACCGCGACAUGGUUUGGCCUCCUCAACGAGUGGCCUGGGGGAAAUGCCCCAGUCCAGGGCCACCAAGAAGCAGUUACAUGCUAUCUCAACGACAUCGGGCAGCCUCUCUACGACAUGUUCGCCCCCAUAGACAAGACUUCCUUCAGGAUCCACGUUGAGAAGUUCCUCGUCGAUUCCGACAAAGCGGUGCCCUUGGGGUUUACGGCGCACCGUGGCGCCGAAGUCCAACUGGACCUGCACGCAGCGACCCAUUGCACUGGAGAGCAGGAUGCAUGGGCCAACUGGUUUGUGACGAGAGAGUCUUUGGUCAGUCCCAAAUCCGACGGCAACAUCGCCGAAGAGCCGCAGACUGUCAUUGAGCAUGUGGUGGAAGCCUGCGAACCGGGAAGCUUCCGUGCGAAGCUGAAGACUUCGAUGCUGGAGGAAGGCAACUAUCGCCUGUAUGGCUUUGCAAGAAGGACACAGGAUGGUGCCAUUCUGGGAUAUCCGUCGACAGUGGAGGCCUCCAUCUCCAUUCCCUUCCACAUCGGCAAGGAGAAGUGCGCCGACGUCAAGAAGGGGAGAUGCUUCGACGAGGUGACGCGCCUCAUGACCAGUGCUCGCCGCAUGGGCUAUGCUUCCUGGCCGCUGGACUUGCAAGGGAUCCGAAGAUACCUUCCCUCGGAAACCGCCAGUUGA